CCUCUUGUUUGACAUUUAAGAGAGUUGGAGUGAUUUCAUGAUGUUAUCAUCCUUGCAAAAAUUAGUGUGCUAAAAUAGCGUUUCUUCUUAAGAUAUUUUCCUUAAAAAUGAUAAGUGGUGACUGAUUUCUUCUUUUACAGUUCUCAAAUUCGCAGGAGGAGGAAGAUAUUGAUAUGGAUACAGUCCAUGACAGCCAGGCUUUUAUCUAUCAUCAUUUAAAUAUGCUUGAAAGGCCAUCUACACCAGGGAAAGAACCACCUUGUGUGGAACAAACCAUCCUGUCCAUGCCAGCGACUCCCCUCUCCAUGUUUGGCAAAGAAACCAAUUCUUCCUCCAAGCACAGCGACCACCACCACCACCACCACCAUCACCAUGAGCACAAGAAGAAGAAGAAGAAGCACAAGCACAAACACAAGCACAAGCACAAGCAUGAGAGCAAGGACAAGGAUAAGGACAAAGAGAAAGACAGGGAAAGGGACACCCAUACCUUUAUGAACAGCCCUGCUAGCGGUCGGUCAAUAUGCUCGCCUUCCCUCUCUGACUGAGUUUGCAGGGGAAUCUCACAGUAGAUCUUCCCUCUGUUUGCCCUUGCAGGAGGUAGGUUUCACCAAGGGCUUCUGUGUUCUGAUCGCCCUCGACCGAAUGUUCAGAUGGAUGUGCUUCAUUUAGGGCAAUGAAACUCUGGUGAUUCCUUCAGUUUUGCUUUAUUUAAUUUCUGACUGCACAAAGCAAAUCAUUUCCAACACGACUUCGCCGGUUUAUGGGCACCCUGCUGGACAUCUUGUUCACCAUGAGGACCAUUAAAGCUGAUAUAAAUCUUAUAACAGUUGAGAAAUGGAAACGUUUGGCAACUAAUUUUACUAGGGAACCUAUUCCAUUGGCAAAACCCAGCCACUUUCACUUUCAGACAGCUGCUUCCCUUUUCAGUCUUUUUUUAAACUUUCCCUCUACAGGGAGCUUUGAAUCUUGGGAAAGUAAUUUCAUUUGGAAAGGUAAUUGAAUUACAACUGCAGAGUAUUUUUUAAAAUUAUUUUCAUAUAUGUAUUAUUUUGUGUUGUCAGUGGUGUAUCGUUAAGACAAAUCCCUGGCCUCCAUUGAUAUUUCAGCUACUCCAAAAGAAGUACAUCUUUUCAUUUUUAAAAUUGGUAAUUGUGUUAAUGGACCUACAUUUAAAAUUAAAUUAAAAUAAGAGGCUUCUUAUAUUUAGGCAGCUUUACUGUACCAUGGUGGUUAACAGUUUGAUUCUGGAUAUAACAUGAUGUUACUGAUUUAAAGAAACUGUAGUGGUCACCUUAGCAGUAUUCUCUGAAAAAAUACAAGAACAUGCUGUACCUGCAAAUGCAAAGGAGUCAUUAUCAUUUUUCUACAGUUCUGUAUGAUAUUUUGCAGCAUUUUUGCAAUGACGUAAAAUUGGGAGCGUACCUUUUCCCCUUUUACUAAAUCAAAUUUCAUUAUAACCUUUUAUGAUAUUGUUUGUCUUUUUUCAUAGCCAUGCCACUCUUUUUAUUGUGUAAAUUCAUUUAUGGUAAGUUUAGUAGUUUUACAUUGCUUUGACCAAAAUUGUCAGAAAUAAAAAACUACCAAAGCAAACAAAGUUAAUAAUAUAAGUAUUCUUCAUUGCCACGUGUGUAACUUUUAACUGAAACCCGAAAAUCCAGUAUCUUAACAAAUAAAGCAUUUAAUAGUG